AUGCCUCCCCGAAACCAGACUCUUCCUCCGGCCCAAACUUCGUCGGCGCGAGAAGCCCGACAGGCUUUCUAUUGUCAGCUCUGCCAGAAGGGCUACAGCCGCAACAAUGACUACGAAGCCCACCUCAGUUCCUACGACCACACCCACAAGCAACGUUUGAAGGACAUGAAAGCAAUGGUCAAGGACCCCAACGCCAUUGCCCGCGCCCGACGACAAGAACAAAAGGCCGAGGGCGUCAUCAGCAUCAAGCUUGGCGAGGCAGCGGCAUCGACGGGUGGAGGGGGGUUCAAAAAGGGCGGCUUCAAAAAGACAGGUUUCAAGUCAGCAUUUGUGCCAGUAGCUGGAGCCAGCGGACCACCAGCAGACACGAAAACAGCCGCUGCUCCUAAAUCCGAUGUGACAGGAUCCAGUAGUGUGCUAGCACCGAAAAGCGAACUCGUAGAGAGCGACACAGAGGACGAGGGAUAUGAAGUUUACGAUCCACGGAAGCCCACUGAUUGA